UAAAAGCCCCUUUCUGUGUGCUCCCCGCCUCGCUCUCCGCAAGACGCUUCCUUGACCUUCCCUCAUCUCCUCCCGAUGUGUUGCUCAUCAUCUUCCUUCUCCUCGUCGGGCGUCUGACGUGGGGACCGUGGCUGCGUGGAUGCAAAAAUGGGUUGUGGGAAUUCGUCGGCCGCCAGCACCUCAGGAGGGGGGCCAGCCGAAGCCUCCAAAGAUGUGACAGAAGAUCCCUUGGCAGACGAUGAGAAAAGAAGGAACUAUGGCGGCGUGUACGUGGGUCUGCCUGCAGACCUGACCGCCGUGGCUGCCAGUCAGUCCAAGCCCACUAGAAAAGACUAGCAGUCCGUGAUGUCGACAUCAUCACAAGGCGUGGUGCUUAUUCACCUUGAGGACGCCCCCUGGGGACGCCACCUUGGAUGCACGCAGCCCUCGCUGAUUCAAGUCUCAGCCUUGCGGUCUCUGAAGAGUCCUGAACUCAUGGGAGACUUAGUGACUCCGAGCGCGGCUCUGCGGAUCCAUGAUCCAUAAUCACCUUUCACCGUGCAAAAAAAAAAAAAAAAGACAAGCGGCCUCUAAGGAGCGUCGUGGCAGCCAUUUUGGCUCAACGCUCGCAGUGCUGAAAUGUCGUCUUUGUCAAGGCAAGACGAGGGAUGGCGCUAAUGGACAUUUUCUGGUCACAAGCAAUCAGUGUUUCUUAUUCGUGUGAGUCCGACCUCGCGAGGAAAUCUGGAGGGCCUUCAGGUGACGCUUACGAGCCAAUACAUUGGGAACCCCUCUGCAAUCCAACAAUAUUAUUUUAUUUCACUCAUUAACUGUUAUAGCUGGAUCAUAAUUACUAAUAAUUAGAUUAUAAUCAUAAUUACUCACACUCUUGACAGUUGGCAUUGACUUUGGCCACUCACAUUGUAGUACAAAAUGGAUGGAUUGAAAUGCAUAAGAAAGUUUUAUAUUUUCAACACUAUUUUUAACAGUGGGAUUCCUGUAAUGUUUUAUUGUAAAAUGGUAGUGGAAAAAUAACGAAAAAUAAAUGCAUUUUAUAGCAUUAACAAAUGUCGGCGAGACAGAUGCAGUCGUCAAAAGAGUCACAACGUAGCAAGAUCAAAGUAAGGAACGGUUCUCCUUUUAUUAUGGUUUCAUUUCAUUUUUUUAUUUUUUCAUGACUGUAUUUUAUGUGUCCUUCAUGACUGACUUACGAGUUCAUUUAGUUCCCACUUAGUCUAAAACUCAACUUACGUCACAAUCAUCGAGGAACGGAACUCGGCCUUAACCCGAGGACUGCCUGUACUGUCUUUGUGCCUCUUGAGGGACAAUGGAACCUGCUGUUUCCCCUGCUGAUAAAUUAAAAAUGUCAGCUAUCUAGCCAACCACAAGAAUAAUUACUAGAAUAAUUUAUCCCCCCUCAUGUGGGACAUAAUUGAGCUGUUACGCCCUGACCAAGAACAACAUACUGUCAAUGUAAUUUUAUUUCUCUUUUUAAACACAUUAAAAUACAUAGAAAUUGAUAA